AAAAUUAAUCCGAGAGAAAAGGUACGAUGGCGAGAGGCGGCCGGAGCCUGCGGAGAGUGGCAGAGUGCAUUAAACACUUACCGUCAACAGCCGGCAGGGAAAUACAGACCAGAAACAGCGGCAGAUACUUGUCAUCAUGUGGGAUCCUGAUGAGUCGCGUGCCUCCACUGCUGGGUGCAGCCAUGCCCGGGCGUGGCAUCGUGUUACCCGCUCGCACAUUCUUCAACCUGGCUGACUCCUUCUCCAAGAGGAAGGAGUACUCUGAGAGACGCAUCAUCGGGUUUUCCAUGCAGGAGAUGUACGACGUCGUGGCCGGAGUGGAAAACUACCGCCACUUCGUGCCCUGGUGCAAAAAGUCUGAGGUGGUGUUCAAACGAGCCGGCUUCUGCAAGGCCAAACUGGCUGUGGGCUUCCCACCUGUGAUGGAGAGCUACACCUCUCUCAUCACAUCAGUGCGUCCCCACAUGGUCAAGGCAUCCUGUUCAGAUGGUAAACUGUUCAACCACUUGGAGACAGUUUGGCGUUUCAGCCCCGGACUCCCCGGAUAUCCUCGCACCUGCACCGUGGAUUUCUCUAUCUCCUUCGAGUUUCGCUCGCUCAUCCACUCCCAGCUCGCUCACGUCUUCUUCGACGAGGUGGUGAAGCAGAUGGUGUCAGCGUUUGAGCGCCGCACCGCCAAAGUCUACGGCACGGAGACGGCCAUCCCUCGAGAGCUCAUGUUCCACGAGGUUCACCACACGUAGCGCUGCACAAACAAACAAACAAACAAACAAACAAACAAACAAAUAAAAACAAGAGAGGAGCAUAGAGAGGGAGAAGAGAGUUCUAAGUGAAAAACUGCCGUGCCUUUCUCACAGCGGCGACCAACUUUAUUUCCAUCUCAUGUUUUUUAUAAACAAUGUGAUUUCCAUUAUCAGAUCAAUCUGUGCCUAGUUGUGAAACUGGAGUUCACAGGAUAGAGAGAGAGAGAGAGAGAGAGAGAGA